GUGUCACCGUUGUCGUAAACUCGAGAUCAGAUUGGUAAACCUGACGGAUGAUUCUGUUUCUUGUCAAAAAAUUUCUGAACGUCUUCGAAGGGUACAACUUUUCUCAGAUUCAGAUAAGUCCCAUCUUUGUCAUGACUGCUGAAGUUACUGAAAUAAAACCGGACGCCACUGCAGCGGCAGCUGAAGCAAAGCCCUCUGAGGUGCGUAUUGAAGAUGACGCCAGUGAUUGUGGAUCUGAGGACAGUAUCCCCGAACUUGAAGAUGCUGCUGGUGGAACCACACAGCUGGGUGGCGGUGCAACCGGCCUGCCAGUAGAUUUGGUAUCGAAGGCCAAACAGUCGCGCGGUGAAAAAAAGGCACGUAAGAUUAUGUUAAAACUUGGAUUGAAGCAAAUUCAAGGAGUUAAUCGAGUCACUAUUCGCAAGUCUAAAAAUAUCUUGUUCGUAAUUAACAACCCCGACGUGUAUAAGAAUCCACACAGCGACACAUACAUUGUAUUCGGUGAAGCCAAGAUUGAGGACUUGUCUCAACAGGCUCAAGUCGCAGCUGCCGAGAAAUUUAAGGCACCAGAAGCGGCAAGUAUUGCCGAAACAUUGGGAACAACCACAUCGGUGGCACCUAUUGCUGAAGAAGAUGAGGAGGAGGUAGAUGAGACCGGCGUUGAUGAGAAGGACAUUGAGCUUGUUAUCACGCAAGCGAAUACGACCCGCGCAAAGGCAAUACGAGCACUCAAAAAACACAAUAAUGAUAUCGUCAAUGCAAUUAUGGAGCUGACGAUGAUUUAAACGCAUAUGUAUUGUUGCAGACAGCGUUGACAUCGAAUGUAGUCAUGAGUACCCGCCUUACAAUAUAUUUGGAAUUAGAACAACUAUAAAAUUACAGAAAAAAAUUAGACCACAGAAAUCACAUCAAGCCGAACAGUCUAAAAUCGAUGACUAAUUUGUAUUUUAAAAGUCGUUAAGCUAGAAAGCUGUUGCUGCUUUCUAUCCCAAACAUUGCUAUAAAUACAGUGAGUUAAAAGGAAAAUAUUUUUGAGCAAUUAAAAUUUGGUUCUUGAAUAU